GGUGGCGGGUUCAGGACAGAGGACUAAGCACAUGGACUGGAAGUUAGAAGGGAGCGCUCAGAAAACAGAGUCACACGUGCUGCAGGAGCAAGAAGUCACCCUAGAGGACACAGGUGAAGAUGGCAUCUCUGAAAGCUUCCAGCUUCUACAGAUUGACGUGGAAUGUGAGCAUCGAGAGGAGAUGACCCUGCCUACAAGCAAUGCAGUGUGGCACUCGAAAAAUGUCCAAAGAAAACAGAGACACUGGGAAAAGAUAGUUGCAGCAAAGAAGAGUAAAAGAAAACAAGAGAAAGAAAGAAGAAAAGCCAACCGUGUAGAAAAUUCAGGCAUCUACCCCCAGCACAGCAAACGUUUUCUGAGAUCCUUAACCAAGGAAAGACUUUUGGAAGCUAAACACUCAGGACCAAGACUCUGUAUCGAUUUGAGUAUGACCCACCACAUGUCUAAGAAGGAAUUAAGUAGACUGGCUGGACAGAUCCGAAGGUUGUAUGGUUCAAAUAAAAAAGCUGACAGGCCAUUUUGGAUCUACCUCACUGGAUUCACCACAGACAGUCCCCUGUAUGAAGAGUGUUUGAGGAUGAAUGAUGGAUUUUCUAGUUAUCUGCUAGACAUAACAGAAGAAGACUGCUUUAGUUUAUUUCCUCUGGAAACCCUUGUGUACCUGACUCCUGACUCAGAACAUGCUCUUGAAGAUGUUGAUCUAAACAAAGUUUACAUCCUUGGUGGACUUGUGGACGAAAGCAUUCAGAAGAAGGUGACAUUUCAAAAGGCCCAAGAACACUCUGUCAAGACUGCUCGCUUACCAAUCCAGGAACACAUGGUCAGAUGCCAGAAUGGGAAAAACUAUCAUUCAGAGAUACUGGCCAUCAAUCAAGUGUUUGAUAUCCUGUCCACUUACUUUGAGACUCAAAACUGGCCUGAAGCAUUGAAGAAAGGAGUUUGUUCCAGAAAAGGCUAUACUCUUCAGAACUCAGUGGAAUGAUGGACAGCCUAAGAUUGCAGCUGCAGGAGGUGAAGUUGCUGGAGUUGCCUUGACCAAAGAAAAGAUCAGAGGAUGGUGGUGGUACUCAUUUGCCUUUACUUGACAU